AUGGCUAUCGAGGAGGUCUGCCGCAUAUUCCAAGAGUACCUGCGAGAAAGCAUCCCGCAUCGGUUAAUCGCGAUAUCAAAGAUGGAGGUCGUAGAAAAGCAAUGUGUGGAGAAGUUAUACAUGCCAUCCAUCAGGGCCGUGACGGAGAAAGAUAUAGAGCAACACACGUUCUACCCGAAUCAGAGAAGGGACGAAGUGAUCAGAAACAUUGUGAAAGGCAUAGUCAGAUAUGCCAUCCUGUCUCACAGAUGGUGCCGCGAAGGAGAGGUGACGCUCCAGGAGAUGACAUCGGGUAGUACAAAGCUCGGGAAGCCCUCGAGUCGUCACAAAUUGGCAAACUUCUGUCAGAAGGCAGCGGAGUACGGAUGUGGUUUUGCCUGGGCAGACACAUGCUGUAUCGAUAGGUCCAAUUCCUCUCCAGAAGAGCUCAAUAAAGCCAUGCCGCGGAUGUUCAGGUGGUACCGCAAUGCACAUGUCUGCAUUGUAUACCUUGCGGAGUCAUUCACAUUGGACGACUUCCUGUGCGACUCUUGGUUUUUACAAAGUUGGACUUUGCAAGAACUCCUCGCUCCAGUCAGAGUCAAAUUUUACGGGCGAACGUGGAGACCGAUUCACAAUACACGAGCCGACAACGAUAAAGCUGACCGGAAGUUGCUGGCUGCGCUUUCCACUGGCACCGGAAUUCCGGUGCAAGACAUCCAGUGUUAUUGGGCGGGGACGGAGAGAGUGCGUGAGAAGCUGAUGUGGGCAUCUCGCCGGACUUCACGACUAGUAGAGGAUGGUGCUUACUCACUGCUGGCACUUUUCGACGUGCAUAUGAACGUGGAGUACGGAAUAGGAGACGAAGCAUUUGGUAGAUUGAUGGAAAUGCUCCUGCAAAGAAGCCAGGAGUGCGAUAUGCUUGCCUGGGCUGGAAUAGCAUCCACCAAAUAUGUGUUCUUGCCACCAUCGGCACAAGGGUAUAGCGCUCAGUAUUUGGACGAAUCCUAUAAUCCCAGUCACGACCACUACGGAUUGCGAGGAGACCAGGAUAUGAGUGUCGUCGAUGGGCGAUUGAGAGUAAAGCUCCUGAUGGUUGAGUUACAUGAGGCAACGUUCGGGGACGAAAUACCUUUCUUGCAGGAUGGCUACCAUGCAUGUGCACUCUUGCCAAAGGGGCUGCCCUCCAAUAUGACGAUAAAUCAUGUGUCCAUUGUUUCCAGCAAUAAUAUGCCUUGGCGUCCAUCCAAAUUGGCCCUCGGAGUUGUCGAUUACAGAUGGACAAGUGAUGACGAGAAGGGACUCGUGGAAAAAGGCCGCACCCAUUUCUGCCUCCUCUUUGGAGCGGAUGAUAUACAGACAAGUUGGCAGAAGCUAAUGACGGACAAAGUGGUCACCAUAAAGACUGAAGACAGCAUUAGACAACGUCUAGAAACUAUAUUGAUUUAA